CCGCUGGUUGAUCGGGAGCCGCAGACCCGCCCUAGGCCGCUUCUCCUUGGGAAUUUGGAGCAGACCCACUGCCACUCCGGAGGCCGCCGUGAACGCUGGGAGUGUUCUGAAGAAUGAUUGUUUCGCUUGAGAAUGUGGUCUGUCUGUAGAAGGCUGGGAAAAAACAAUAUCUGGCACCAGUCCUCCUCCAAACAGACACCCUCUGCAGCUGAAAGCCUCGAGAGCGAGCGCUCUCACGCCCCCGUCUCCGGUCCUCCCCGCGCCCGAGGCGGAUCUGUUCUAAAGAUAUUUCUGCAAGUUCUGGAUUUCUGGCUGUACGAGGGUGCUCCUGGGCCCCUCCUCUCCUGCCUACUCAACCGGCUGCCUCCCAGGGAGGCCGUACUUAAUUUAAGAGAGGAGUCAGUGUUUCAGAGCUGUCCAAAUCACAUUAGCCUCUAGGAGCCCCCAGGUUCUGGUGCUGCAGGAACAUGCCAAAGCCCUGAGAGCCGGGGGCUGUGACCAGAGGAGGACCACACAACUGUGAAGCCUCUCAGCAGAGGUUCUGGCCGUUUCCUCACCAGAAGUGGACAAGCCCGAUCAGGUGGACAUUGUUAUGCUGCAGCAGCUCUUGAUCACCCUGCCCGCGGAGGCCAGCCCCUGGGUGAAGUUGCACCAUCCAAAGAAGGCCAAGGAGGGGGUGCCCCUAUGGGAGGAUGUGACUAAGAUGUUUGAAGGAGAAGCUCUGCUAUCUCAGGAUGCUGAUGAGACCCAGGGAGAAAGUUUAAAGGAUGAAGGGACUUCUGGGGCCCAGACAGCAGAAUUCCAGGAACGGUUGACCUUCAAGGACAUAACUGUGAACUUCACCCAGGAGGAGUGGGGGCAACUGACCCCUGCUCACCGGAAUCUGUACCGAGAAGUGAUGCUGGAGAACUACGGGAACCUGGUCUCAGUGGGAUAUGAAUUUUCCAAACCUAGGGUGAUUUCCCAGUUGGAGAAAGGAGAAGAGCCAUGGAUAACAGAGAAAGAAGGCCCAGGACAUCCCAGUGCAGACUUAAAGAGUAAAACAGAAACCAGCAUGUCAACUGCAAAGGAACAGUUAUAUCAAGGCAUUAUAAUGGAAAGGUUCAUGAGGGAUGAUGUAAUUGAUUCCACAUUGAGAAAAGUCUCCAAAUAUGAUGAGUUAGAAAGGCAUCAGGUCACCAAUGGAAGAGAUGUAAGACAAGCCAUCUUGCUCCACAAGAAGAGAGGCCAAGAAACUAACAAAUUUGGGGAAAAUAUUGUGAGUUCAAAUGUUAUUAUAGAACAGAGGUACUGUAAAUAUAACACACUUAGAAAGAGGAACAAAUACAAAUUAAAUCUGAUUAAUCAUCCAACAAGUUACAUAAGAACAAAAACCUAUGAAUGUAAUAUAUGUGAAAAAAUCUUCAAGCAAACCAUUCAUCUUACUGAACACAUGAGAAUUCAUACUGGUGAGAAACCUUUCAGAUGUAAGGAAUGUGGAAGGGCCUUUAGUCAAAGCGCGUCUCUUAAUACCCACCAGAGAAUCCAUACUGGUGAGAAACCUUUUGAAUGUGAAGAAUGUGGCAAAACCUUCCGACAUCGCUCCUCUCUUAAUCAGCAUCACAGAACUCACACUGGAGAGAAACCUUAUGUAUGUGAUAAAUGUCAGAAAGCUUUCAGCCAGAACAUUAGCUUGAUCCAACAUUUGAGAACUCAUUCUGGAGAGAAACCCUUUACAUGCAAUGAAUGUGGGAAAACCUUUCGACAAAUUAGACACUUAAGUGAACAUAUAAGAAUUCAUACUGGGGAAAAGCCCUAUGCGUGCACUGCAUGUUGUAAAACCUUUAGUCAUCGAGCGUAUCUAACACAUCACCAGAGAAUCCAUACUGGGGAGAGACCCUACAAAUGUAAAGAAUGUGGGAAAGCCUUUAGGCAGAGGAUCCACCUUAGCAACCAUAAAAUUGUUCAUACAGGAGUGAAAGCAUAUGAAUGCACACGGUGUGGAAAAGCCUAUAGGCAUGACUCAUCCUUUAAGAAACAUCAGAGACAUCACACUGGAGAAAAACCUUAUGAAUGUAAUGAAUGUGGAAAAGCCUUCAGCUAUAAUUCAUCACUUACUCGGCACCAUGAGAUACACAGGAGGAAUGCCUUCAGAAAUAACGUGUAAAAAUAGAUUAUAAAACAGAUUAUCCAACAUGAGAACAAACGCCAAGUUUAAAUCAGUGAUUCUAUGCUUUUGAUUUUCAGAACUCGAAAUGUGAGUUAUUGAUAUAAUGAUGCCAACUCCUAAUUUUGCCUGUUGUGUAAAUAAACACUACAUUGAUAACUACUAUCUACACUUCCAUACAAAGCACUUAAAAAUAAAGGAUGGUCCUUCCAAUUAAAUUCAACAAUGUGGAAAAUUAAACACAUUAUUGUUUUUCUGACUUCAUGGUGGAUUAAUAAAUUAUUAUUCAUGGG